AUGCUCGAUAUUUGCAGUGAAUCGCGAGUGUACCUGGAAUUCCACAAUUUGUCGUUAUUUCCACGGCGAGCUUUCGUCAUAUUUUCAGCAAAGGAUGGAGGCGACAUCAUGCGUGAUGGCUACAUCGAUGAGGUGCUUCGAUUCGAUCACAUAAUGACAACUUCGCUAGCAGACAAGAAGAACGCCAGUGAACGAAGUUGUCAUCCGCUUUGCGAUCUCAACAAACCAUUCCAUAUGGUUAUGAAAGUGUUACGCUCAAAUGAAACCGAUGCUGGAGAACAGUUGGGCUAUCCGGAAAGCACAUUCCAUGACACUCCGUUAUUCAUCGGCAUGCACUUUUAUGAUGCGUAUGUCGUUCCUGGUACCAAUAAACUCGAGGCGAAGGCAAUUAUACUGUGGUAUUUUUCACGGGUAGACACUCCUGAAAGGAAAGAGACCUAUAAGACGUGUACCUUCGAUCGUAAAGGAAUUUGGCAAUCGAAAUUUUUUUCUGUUAAGAAAACCACCCUGGAUCUGUUCCAAGUCAGUAACGACGGUUCAUUUUCUGAUCUCAUUGAUUUUCAUUUAUUUGGCGAUGAAAUCGCAAACUCGGAAAUGGUGCGUGGAGCACUUGAAGCGACCUUUCUGAUGACCAUUGGCUUUGUAUUUUUACUGAUUUUUGUUAUUAUUGUUGUAUGGAGGCAGACAACACUUCGUGUAACCCCAUUUCUUGUGGCUGUCACACUGCUGACACCUUUCCUGGCCACAAUUGCUGCUUUCGGAUUGUUAUCCUGGCUAAAGUAUCCAAUUUACUCGAUGCAAUGUGUUACUCCUUUCCUGGUUCUUGGAAUAGGAGUCGACGAUGCUUUUAUACUCAUUCACCGUUGGAGACAUCGCUCGGAUAUAGCUGAUCACUCCAAGAGACUAACACAGGUGAUUGUCGACGUUGGCCCUUCAAUCACAAUCACAUCUUUGACUAAUAUUAUCGCUUUCGGCGUCGGAUUUUUCACACCGACUCCACAGAUGUCGCUAUUUUGCCUGGCUACAUCAGUAGCUCUAUUGAUCGACUACAUAGUCACUUAUACUAUCUUGGCACCGGUAGUCUUCCUGUGCAGUGAAAAGAAAGACUAUCAAUCAGCAUUGCCUUCGAAACCAUCAGCAAACGACUACCUUAACAGGUACUCACGGUUGCUUUGCUCGAUGAACGGUCGUCUACUCUGUGGUAUAUUCCUAGUCACCAUUUAUUUGAUCUCAGCCGCAGGGGUCUAUAGGAUGAAGUCGACGUUCGAGCCAGCGAAAGCUUUUCCAUCUGAUUCGCCACUUGUUAGAAGCCUAAAAUCUAUCAGGCCCAUAUUCAAUACCUACUUCCCUGUGAAUAUCUAUGUAAAUCAUCCACCAAAUAUAUCCGAUGAGGAACAGGUAGGUCUGAAAUUGAGGAGAUUUGAGGAGAAUAACAAAAUUCAAAAGAUAGGUAGUACGAGAAGGUUUUUGUGCUUUCGAUGUCUGAAAGAUCUACCUAACGACUUUUCGGACCUGAGACUUUACUCAGAUCCCAGGAAACAUCAUGCAAGUUUCUAUAAAAUGGUUUCACAGUUGGAACAUGUGAAUGGAGCAUACGGUAAAGACCGAACAAUGCUUUUCCUGAACGCAUACGAGAAAUUUGACAAGAAAGUGGGUACCGCUGAUAGGAUGAUGACGAUGAUAAUGCAGGAUAUAUUGGUGACACAAAUGACGAGGGCACUGUUUUUGGCUCCUGAAACGGAAUACAAGCCGAGCCUGCAUAAUUUACAAUACUGGCUCGAUAGGGUAGGAAAUCCGUCUUCAAUCAAAUACAUAAAGUCUAAUGAGACCGGAACCAUGAACCUACUGUACUCCAGCGGUGAAGGCUAUCUGAAGGCAUUUUCAUUCGUUAUCCUUGGCAAAGGAAUGGCAGAAUGGGCAAAUCGAGCACAUUUCGUGCAUGACAUCCGUCAAGUACUGGCCCAGCAUUCACGAUGGAACGCAUCUCUCUUCGAUGGCGAUUCGGCAGUCCUGUCACUCAUCCUCACGGUAGGACAUGAUCUGAUUGGAUCUAUAGCCGCCACGGUGGCAUGUAUGGCUGGAAUCUGUCUGUUAUUCGUGAACAAUCGUAUAGGCGUACUGAUUAUCACCUAUACAAUCACAUCUAUAUGCUUCUGUCUGGUCGGUCUAUUGUCAUGGUGGGGAGCGGAUCUCGAUCCAGUGACACAAGUAGACGUACUGCUAGCAACUGGAUUCAGUGUUGAUUAUACUGCUCAUGUUGCCUACCAAUUCUACCGGUCUCGUGGCACUCCUCAAGAACGACUCGUCUGCAGUUUGGGUGAAAUGGCAGCACCUAUGGUGCAGGCUGGCCUAUCUACGUUCCUGUGCAUGUUGCCGCUAAUUUUCGUCCCAACAUAUGCUAUCGUCGCCUUUGCGAAGACAAUCUUCAUUGUAGUGGGCAUUGGCUUAAUACAUGGACUAUUCGUUCUACCCGUGCUGCUAUCCCUUUCAGUACGUUCGGUACCCCCUCCAUCACCGCUACCGCUCAAAUCUGAACAUCUCAUCGAACAGGAAUUCGAACAGCAAUAG